GGGCGGAGCCAGCCCGGCCUCAGGCCUCAGCAUCUGUCUGGGUUGGAGAUCGUUCGAGAUCUGUGUGAUGGGAACCUGAAUGGUGGAGAAAUUGGCUCAACAGAAAUAACCUUCACUCCUGGGAAGAUCAAAGGUGGAACCCUUGUAGCAGAUACGAAAACAGCAGGGAGUGUGUGUCUCCUGAUGCAGGUAGCAAUGCCCUGUGUGCUGUUUGCUGCUUCCCCAUCAGAGCUUCAUUUAAAAGGUGGGACUAAUGCUGAGAUGGCUCCUCAGAUAGACUACACAGUCAUGGUUUUCAAGCCAAUAGUUGAAAAGUUCAAUUUCACAUUCAAUUGUGACAUAAAAAAGAGGGGCUACUAUCCUCAGGGAGGUGGUGAAGUUGUAGUCCAGAUGUCUCCAGUCAAAGAGUUGAGCCCAAUAAACUUAACAGAACGUGGCACAGUGACAAAGAUAUAUGGAAGAGCAUUUGUUGCUGGAGCACUGCCUAUCAAACUGGCAAAAGACAUGUCAUCAGCAGCAGUGAGAUGCAUCAGAAAAGAAAUCAGAGAUCUUUACAUUAGCAUUCAGCCUGUUCGAGAACCUGACGAUCAAGCUGUUGGGACUGGAAGUGGAAUAAUCAUUGUUGCAGAGACGUCUACAGGUUGUCUGUUAGCUGGGUCAUCACUUGGCAAGAGAGGAAAAAGUUCUGACAAGGUUGGCAUUGAAGCAGCUGAGAUGCUCCUUAAGAAUCUUAAACAUGGUGGAACUGUGGAUGAUUCUCUGCAAGAUCAACUGAUCAUUUUUAUGGCAUUGGCAAAAGGAGUGUCUAGAGUGAAAAGUGGACCAAUUACACUUCAUACUCAAACAGCUAUACAUUUUGCAGAGCAGCUAACAAAGGUCAAAUUUACUGUGACAAAAUCAGAAGAUGAAGAUCCCAGUAAUGAUACCUACAUCAUUGAGUGCCAAGGAAUGGGGAUGGUAAACCCAAACUUAUAGGGUUUAAAAAAUAAAAGGCAGCAAGCUGAUAAAAACAACACUCAACGUACCUCAGUGAUAUAUUGCACUACAUUUCAACGGAUGUAUAAUCUGUGUGUGAACAGGAGAAACCUUCUGUCACAUC